AUGGCGGCCCGCCGCGACGGCCGCGCGGCCAACCAGCUGCGGCCGCCGCAGAUGGAGCUGCGGCCGCUGCUCCGUGCGGACGGCUCCGCGCGCUUCCGCUUCGGCGACACCGCCGUGGUGUGUGCCGUCUUCGGCCCCCGCGAGCCACGCUUUCGGCAUCGGGAGCUCUUUGAUCGAGCGUCCUUGGAGGUUGUGGUUCGGCCACGGAUUGGCAUUCCUGGGCCCAAAGAGCGGCAGAUGGAGGCGCUCUUGGCACGUCAGCUGGAACACGUGAUCCUGGCCAAUCAGUAUCCGCGCACGCAGAUCUCAGUCAUCGUUCAGCUCAGCUGCUGUGACGGCGCCGUGUCGGCCUGCGCGGGGAACGCGGCGUUUCUGGCGCUGCUGGAUGCGGGGGUGGCGAUGAAGGCGACGGCGAUGUGCGUGGCGCUGGCCGUGAAGUUGGAACCAGAACCAGUGAUUUGGUUGGACCCGACUGAAGCGGAGGAAGCUCAAUGUGACGCCCUGAUUUCACUCAGCGUGGAUGGCAGUCGCAACCAGUUGGUGUCCAACGUCUCCAGUGGAGCCUUUCUGGACGCCGCCACAUGGGCCAGCUGCAUUGAAGCGGCCGGCAAGUCCUGUAAGGUCCUUGAGGCCUUCAUGCGUAUGAGCCUUCAAAAGCGUCUAGAAACGUUCCUGAAGCCCGGCUGAGGGUCCUGAAGCCGGGUCACAAGGACGGUGACGUGAUCGAUGGAAACGAGUUGAUGUGAAGUGAUUUUACCAUUGAAAAGAUGGGGGGUUGAACAUGUUUU